CACAGACGCAGAGCCUCGUCAGGGAAAAAGAAUCAAGCAGGGCAGGGCAGAUCUCGAGAGACAGGAUCAAGGAGGCAUUGCCCGACACCAUGGCGGCAACCGGACAACGUCGGCCGUCCCUGCGCGCGGCGGCGCCCGUGCCUCUGCUGCUUCUGAUGAUCGUCGUUUCCUUCGGGGGCCAGGCGGCGGCGGCGGGCGGCGCUCCGACCUGGACGACGGAGCUGCAGCAGCACGUCGCCUACUUCGACACGGACAACGACGGCAUCGUCACCUACUCCGAGACAGAAGCAGGGCUUCGUAGGAUCGGCCUAGGAGGCAUCGCGGCCACCGCGGCCGCCACUUUGAUCAACGGCGUCAUCGGACCCAAGACCAGACCUGACAACGCAACAACGUCGCACUUGGACAUCUACAUAGAGAACAUCCAGAAGGGGAUCCACGGGAGUGACACGGGCUCCUACGAUGCUCAAGGAAGGUUCGUCCAGGCCAAGUUCGACGAGAUUUUCAUCAAGUACGCCAAGACCGAGCCCAACGCUCUGAACCAGACGGAGCUGGAGGAGAUGCGCCACGCGAACAGGGGGAGCAACGACUUCUCCGGAUGGGCGGCGUCCAAGGCGGAGUGGGACAUGCUCUACAGCCUCGCCAAGGACAAGGACGGCUUCCUCCAGAAGGACACCGCGCGAGCCGUCUACGACGGGAGCCUCUUCGUUACGCUCGCACAGAAGAACGGCGGUUCGUCGGGAGGAAAUUAACCAGCCAUAUGGUUUGGUUAAUUUGUAUGCAUUGUGUCGUGUCGUCUCGUUGAUUAUGUAUCUCCUGUCUAUGCACAAUUAAAACUGAAUCUGGUUAACGCAAGAUAUAGAAUAUAUGCUC